GAGUCUUCCCACCAACAGCUGGCUCCCACCCAGGAUGAAGAAGAAGAACAUGUCGAAGAAGUCUGGCAAGACAUGCCUGCCCUCGCCGAGCACCGCAUCUACGACGACUGGGGCAAGGUCAUCGCCAAGAGCUACGACGAAGUCGACACCGACGCCUACGCGUACGGCGAUCUCGGUGGUGCAGGCAAAGGCUACACCCGCGUGCAAAUGGACGAAGACGCUCAAUCCGCUACCAGCAUGGACGACAACACGGCGUAUCUGUUUAAGGAACAGCAUGCCCGACACGCCCUCGACGCGGACGACGAGGAAGGACGGGACAUCAUAUCGCAGAUGCAGACGACUAAGGAGUUACUUACGGAAGGCCAGCGGAUAGCGUAUGUGGGCGUGGUGAGGUUGGCCAUCAACACGCUGGCGCUGGAGUUGGACGCGCUGGAGAAGACGCGGGGGGCGAAGAAGUUGAUUGAUCUGGCUGCGGAGGCGCUGAAGAUGUGGGGCCAGAAGAUCAUGAUGCGGUUGUAUAAGCAUAUGGAGAUCGAUGCGCGGGAGCAGAUUAUGGUGGAGCAGCUGGCUGAUCAUGGCAUUUCGCCCGCGGAUCUGACGUCCACGUUGAUGCAGAAUGCGAGGGUGAAGAACCCGAAGAUGGACUCGGAGACCGCAUCUGUUGCGUCUGUGCGACCUCCGUCGGGCGCAUCGAGGCCGUCCAGUAAGCUGGAGAGACGUCCGUCGAGCGCCACGCUAUCUGCUCCUGGAACACCGGCCCCUGCUGAGAGCGAUGCACCGCCUGCGUAUGAGCAACAAGCAGCGGAUGAUCUACGCAUUCAGGAUCCGGACGAGCUCAACAGCAAGAAUAUUGACCUCGACCUGCGCUGGACCGUGCUUUGCGACCUCUUCCUGCUUCUCAUCGCAGACAGCACCUACGACGCCCGCUCGCGCACGCUUUUCGAGCGCGUCGGUCAAGCGUUGGAUGUAGAGUGGCAAGAUCUGUGCCGCUUUGAAAAGCGUGUCACGGACGCGCUUGAGAUGCAAGAACAGGCUGAUAAGGAGAACUGGAACGAGGAAGAACAUAUGAAAGAGCGGGAGAAGCGGGCGAGGAACAAGCGUCUCAUGGUCAUGGGUUUAUGUACCGUCGGUGGCGGUCUGGUCAUCGGUCUGAGUGCCGGUAUGCUCGCUCCCGUCAUCGGCGCCGGCCUUGCUGCGGGUUUCACCACAAUCGGCGUGGCUGGCACGGGGAGUUUUCUUGGUGGUACUGGGGCAGCUGCGUUGAUUGGUACGACGGGCACGUUGAUUGGCAGUCAUAUUGGAUUGAAAGGCGCCAAUCGCCGCACAGGCGCCGUGAAGACGUUCGAGUACAAGCCCCUGUUUAACAACAAGCGGGUCAACCUCAUCGUGACCGUCUCGGGUUGGAUGACCGGCAAGGUCGACGACGUGCGCUUGCCGUACAGCACCGUCGACCCCAUCAUGGGCGACAUCUACUCCGUCAACUGGGAGCCGGAUAUGCUGCAGAGUACCGGCCAGACGAUCCAGAUUCUGGGCACGGAGGCCCUGACGCAGACCAUCCAGCAGAUUCUGGGCGCGACUUUCUUGGCUACACUGAUGGCUGGGCUGUCGCUACCGAUUGUGCUGACUAAGCUGGCGUACCUAAUUGACAACCCGUGGACUGUGUCACUGGCGAGAGCGGAUGCUACGGGGUUGAUCUUGGCGGAUUCCAUGAUCGACCGCAAUCUGGGGGUCAGGCCUAUCACGCUUGUUGGCUUCUCGCUCGGCUCUCGUGUCAUUUUCUCCGCACUCAAGGAACUUGCGAGGCGGGGAGCGUUGGGUUUGGUACAGAACGUCUACAUCUUUGGCUCGCCCGUGGUGGUGAAGAAGGAUGAAUGGAUCCGCGCGCGCACCGUCGUGUCGGGGCGCUUCGUCAACGGGUAUGCAACCAAUGACUGGAUCCUCGCGUAUCUCUUCCGCGCGACGAGUGGUGGCAUCAUGCGAGUGGCCGGACUGACUACGGUGGAUCUGCCUGGGAUCGAGAACCGCAACGUCACGGAAAUCGUGCCGGGGCAUAUGGCAUAUCGGGGCAUGAUGCCCAUGCUAUUGCAUGAGGUGGGGUGGGUGGUGGAGAGUGUGGAGUUUACGGAGAUUGAGGAUCCGGAUCCGGAGGACCAUGAGAAGCGGCAGCGGCAGCUGCUGCAUGAGAUUGAGGAGGCACGGCGAGAAUUGGAAGAGAAGCCGGUGGAGAAGAAUAAGCUCCUUGCUUUCUUUUCUCGGAAGAAGGCGGGGCAGAGGAAGGAGUGGGAGACGUACGACGAGCGAUCUGUGAAGGUUCUGAAGGGGGAGGAGGAUAGGGAGGAGACGGAGAGGAUGGCGCAGGAACAUGCGGAUGUUAUGUUUGAUGUUGAGGCGAUCCAGCGCGAGGCGCUGAAGUUGGCGAUGGCGGGGGAGGAUUUGCAGGAGAUCAAACGACAUAUCAGUGUGAGGGAGUUGCAGGGGACGUUGCCGGCGUUGAAGGUUAGUUCGCCCGGACCUGCG